GCAGUGACGAGCAAAGAUGGCUGCGCCCAUGUACUACCCGUAGCAGUUGUUGACCUUCGUUUUUGCUCCCUGUCACCUGGCCCCUGUGGCGGCAGGCUGGACACGAAGACUAUGCUGGGCCGGACCCUCCGAGAAGUUUCUGUUGCACUGAAACAAGGCCAAAUUACUCCAACUGAGCUCUGUCAAAAAUGUCUCUCCCUGAUCAAGAAGACCAAGUUUCUAAAUGCUUACAUUACUGUAUCAGAAGAAGUGGCCUUAAAGCAAGCUGAAGAAUCAGAGGAAAGAUAUAAGAAAGGUCACUCACUUGGGGAUUUAGAUGGAAUUCCUGUUGCAGUAAAGGACAACUUUAGCACAACUGGCAUUGAGACAACAUGUGCAUCAAACAUGUUGAAAGGUUAUGUACCACCUUAUAAUGCCACAGUAGUUCAGAAGCUGUUGGAUCAGGGAGCUCUACUAAUGGGAAAAACAAACUUAGAUGAGUUUGCUAUGGGAUCUGGUAGCACAGAUGGUGUAUUCGGACCAGUUAAAAACCCUUGGAGUUACUCAAAACAGUACCGAGAAAAGAGGAAGCAGAAACCCCAUGGUGAGAAUGAGGAUACAAAUUGGCUUAUAACUGGAGGAAGCUCCGGAGGGAGUGCAGCUGCUGUAUCAGCGUUCACAUGCUUUGCGGCUUUAGGAUCAGAUACGGGAGGAUCAACCAGAAAUCCAGCUGCCCACUGUGGAGUUGUUGGUUUAAAACCAAGCUAUGGCUUAGUUUCCCGUCACGGUCUCAUUCCCCUGGUGAAUUCAAUGGAUGUGCCAGGAAUCUUAACCAGAUGUGUGGAUGAUGCAGCAACUGUGUUGGGUGUACUGGCUGGGCAUGACUGCAAAGAUUCAACCACAGUACAAGAUCCUGUUAAAUCAUUUAUACUUCCCAGUUUGACAGAUGUAAGCAAACUAUGUAUAGGAAUUCCCAAGGAAUAUCUUGUACCAGAAUUAUCAAGUGAAGUACAAUCUCUUUGGUCCAAAGCCGCUAAGCUCUUUGAGUCUGAGGGGGCCAAAGUAAUUGAAGUGUCCCUGCCCCACACCAGUUACUCAAUCGUCUGCUACCAUGUAUUAUGUACAUCAGAAGUGGCAUCGAAUAUGGCAAGAUUUGAUGGGCUGGAGUAUGGUCACAGGUGUGACAUUAAUGUGUCUACUGAAGCCAUGUAUGCUGCAACCAGACGAGAAGGCUUUAAUGAUGUGGUGAGAGGAAGAAUUCUCUCAGGAAACUUUUUCUUAUUAAAAGAAAACUAUGAGAAUUACUUCAUCAAAGCACAGAAAGUGAGAAGACUCAUUGCUAAUGAUUUUGUGAAUGUGUUUAACUCUGGAGUGGAUGUCUUGCUAACUCCCACCACCUUGAGUGAGGCAGUGCCGUACGUGGAGUUCAUCAAAGAAGACAACAGAACGCGAAGUGCCCAGGGUGAUGUUUUUACACAGGCUGUAAAUAUGGCAGGGUUGCCAGCAGUGAGUGUCCCUAUGGCCCUCUCCAACCAAGGGUUGCCAAUAGGACUACAGUUUAUUGGACGUGCGUUUUGUGAUCAGCAGCUUCUUACAGUUGCCAAAUGGUUUGAAAAACAAGUACAGUUUCCUGUUAUUCAACUUCAAGAAAUAAUGGGUGAUUAUUCAUCAGUCUUUGAAAAUGACUUAGCUUCUGUUUCUCUAAAACAGUAGUGACAAGUAUAUCAUGCAAACUACAAUGACUUAAAGAUUUUAUAUUCUAGAAAAGUCAGAUGAUCUUGCUAAGCUCUUGCAGUUUGGUUCAUUGUCAGCAUAAUCAUUCCUUGGAACCAUUGUCUAAAAUUCUUGUGAUAUAGUUAAUUAUAUAUAAUCUGCCAGCAUUUAUUAAGCAUCUGCUAAGUGCAGAGUACAGGAUUUCUACUGUAACACAAGACACAUGUUCCUGAAAAAUGAUGCAUUUUGAAAAAAUGUCCAUUAAAAAUAACAGCUUAUUUACUUUAUUAGGUGUAUUAAUGUUGAAUAACUUCGUUGUACACCGAAACUAAUAUAACAUUGUAUAUUAACUACAUUUUAAUUAAAAAAAUAAAAAGUUUGCAGUAAAAAUAAGUUUAAUAAUAAACCUCUCAAAACUUAUGCAUCUUUGUAACCAAACUAUUAACAAAAACAAUAUUUGAGGCCCCCAGAGAUCAUCUGGACAACCAGGCAGACAGGCCAGUCAACAUGCAAUGGAGGCUGCCUCAGAAGAUGUUGCAAAAUGCACAAAAACCAAUAAAAUGGGAAUAUUUGCCUUUGCUGAGCAAAGCAGAUGUAAGAGGAGCUCUGAUCACAGAAGGAAGUGCAACCUGCUGGGGCCCAGAGUCAUGCAAGACUGGGAGUAUGCUUCCCCCUGUAGGCACCUGGGGCUUCUCUAAAAAUAGACCUGCACCGAAUGAGAACUUUCUUUCAUGUUAAAGGGUAAAAUUUUACUUCUGCUAUUCCAGAGCCCCAUGCCAAAAAACCAGAACAACUCCAUGUUACACUGAGCUCUUUCUCCUAUUAACUGAUCACAAAUGAACUCAUUAAUGUCCCAGAAACAUCAGUUGUAACUUUACAGACCAUAUUGGACUUAAAACUUUGGUAGGUUGUGAAACCUGGUUUUAGUGAGAAAGUUUCAAUAUACAGUAGUCUCCCCUUUCCUGGGGGGAAUAUCUUCCAAGACCCCCAUCUAUGCCUGAAACUUACAUAUACUUUUUUUUUUCCUAUACAUACAUACCUAUGAUAAAGUUUAUAAAUUAAGUACAAU